ACGGAUGCGCUUACACGUUCGAAUGAAAUGAAUGUAACAGAGUGUAAAAGAAUAUGCUCAGAAAAGAAAACAAGAUACUAUGGUGUUGAGAAUUCAGAUGAAUGCUUUUGUGGAAACGCACUUAGAACAAGAGAAGAAAAGCCUGACGGCGAAUGCAACAAGAAAUGCAGUGGAGAUAAUAGUCAAAUUUGUGGUGGACGGUGGAGAAUCAAUAUCUACAGAAAUCCAUACUACAAAAUAGAUAAAGAUGCAAAACAAAACUGGAAAAAAUCGAUGGAUUGGUGCAAAACAUGGUCCCUGCCUACUUACUUAUACGGAAAUAUAUCAUUGAUCAACGCCUCCCUUGCAUGCCGAGCAUUGUUUAGAACAAGGAACGGCUCAUCAUGGCUUGGCAUUGCAAAGGAAGUUUAUAUUGGAUAUGAUAGAGGUGUUGCUCUUGACGCCGAACACAGACGAACCUUCCUGUAUUGUCAGAAAUGUAACCACACUGGUUGUGAAUUUGUCGAUUGUUUCAACAAACUGAGUUAUGUUCUCUGCCAAAAGACCUUGUUAGUUGAAACCAUUACUGUUGUUUAUGCUACAAAUGGAAUUUCUGAUCUCACCAUUCCUGAAGAUCCAGGAAACCUGAUUACUAUAAUUGCUAUAAUUGUGUCCUUAUUGGUAUUCUUUAUUUUUGCGGGCUGUUUGGUAAUGGUCAUCACCAUUUUUAUCCGCAAGAAGAAAACAGGAAAUGAAGAUAGAAAUGAAGAUAGAGAGAAAAAUAUUCAAAAGCUAAACAUCAAUGAAAAUUGUUAUGUUAAUGUGAAUGGCGCUCAAGGAAUGAUGGAAAAUUAUUCUGAACAGAGACUUUCAUCAAACGAUUUUGGCAAACAGGAAAACACUGUGCAAAAUUUAGAUGAACCAUAUCGGGAAACAUUUGAUGGCGUCUAUGAUCAUCUUGGGGAUAAGGAAACUAAACAAAACAAGAACGAUAAUGUUUAUGAUCACGCCCAUUUUGCUGCCGAAUCAGAGGACGGGGUGUAUAAUAUUAGUACUAAUGGUAUAUCACAAAAAAAAUCUCAAGAUGAGGCACUUAUGAUCAUGCUGGGUCUUACUCAGAUUAUGGACAGUAUGGUGGACAAGUCGAGAAGGUGGAGGAUACUUACUCCAGACUCCAGAGCGGACACUAAGAGGAUACGAAUAAGUGUUUUUUUCAGUUAAGAAGGGACCUGCGUCAUUUGACCUCAGGACAUUUUCUUUUGACUAGGCAUCACAUAUACUUUUCUUAGAUAUUUGCAUUUGACUUUACACUUUUGUGCAAUACAUGCAAUUUUGAUAUAAGCUAAUUAAAAUUUACAUAUGAGCAUUUGGACACAUGUCAUGUAUCACAAAUUGGAAAUUUUUAUACAAUUUAA